UUCGAAGUCCCAGGUCAGAGACAGACAAAUCCACGGGCCACUUGCGGGGCUCGGGAGGCCCGGCGCCGUUCCGGAAGCGAGGCCGGGCCGGAGCCGUGGCCGGGCCAGACGGAAAGCGCAGGAAAGGCGACGGGCGGAAGGCGCGCCUGGCGAGCCGCCGGAAGAGGGCGGGCCUAAGAUGGCGGCGCCCGUGUGUGCCGGGAGGGGCCGCUCAUGUCCGGGAACGCUGCGGUGUGGGGGCGCGUGCGGGGCCGCCUCCGCGCCUUCCCCGAGCGCCUCGCGGCCUGUGGGGCCGAGGCCGCGGCCUAUGGCAGGUGUGUGCAGGCGUCCACGGCCCCGGGCGGCCGCCUGACGAAGGACCUCUGUGUGCAGGAGUUCGAGGCCCUGCGGAGCUGCUUCGCCGCGGUAGGCCCCGGGCGCCAGGCACUUGCAGCUGAGGACUGGGACGCUCCAGUGUCUGUCACCAUGAGGCCGCGCAUCGAGCCAAGAAGACCCCAAGGGGAGGCCUUUAGGAUGGACAAACCAGCACUGCACUUGUGUCUGCUGCCCAUGGCCCCGAGGGGCAGACGUCUAAGACAUCUAAAGCUUUUAGAGCUAAAAGGACUGCACACGCAUCAGGGCACGUCAUGGGCAGAGGGGGAGUUUGGUUUUCCUGCCUCGUGUAUGUAAGGUUUCUGGUUAGAAUAAGCAGCAGUGAAGCAACAAUGCAGACCAUAGCCGACCACGCCGGGUCUCUCCUGUUGUACGCAGUGUGCGCGGGCUGUGGGUGCGCACUGCUCCAAGAACUUUCACCCAGAAUACGUUGUCUGAGGCUAACGGAGCCACCAGAUGUAGCUGCCACCAGCGUGCAGCAAUGCCGUGAGGAGAAGCCUGGGUGUAGGGAGGACAACUCGGGUGCUUUUUCUGGACUUACAGGCAGAAAGGAGGGGCUGCCCUUCUAGAGGCUGGGGGGGCGAGGCGCCAGCCAGCCCAGAGAGGGUCUGGCUUAGGAAUCCAGUGGCAGUGACAGCACAUGGGGCGCCUGCCCUUCUGUAGCCGCCUCUGGAGUCAGAGCCCAAGCCCCUUGACCUCACCCCGCAGUGCUUACGGGGACGCACACACACAGCCAGGGGUUCCCCAGUGCCUGUGGCCUGAGGAUCCCGCGGGUCCUGAGUGCCACCUGCUGGAUGCUUGGGGACUGUGCUCCAAGAGUUCCUCCAGCCACUGGCACGCCCGAGUCCCCAGCACCCACGCACGGGUGGGGGGAGGCGUCUGUGCUCCACUGACCCCACACGCCCUGGGGGCCCAGUGAUCCUUACCACCACCACCACCACCGGGUUCCUCCCUCACUGAGCCUUGAGGGUGUGCCCCGGACCCUCGUACACCAUCCGGGGUCCCGACGGCCUCCCUCGUGUGGGGCUUGCGGGUGUCUGCUGGCCACUGGCUCCCGGCCCUUCCAGAACCAUCCUGCCAGGUGCCUUCGUGCCCCCAUGUCUCCCACCUCUGCUCUCAAGCUUCCCACGUGUCCCUCCCCUUUGGGCCACCCACCAAAACCCCUUCCAAGUUCCUCAGCCUUCUCCUUGCUCUCUGGCUUCACUGAAUUCGCUCCAGCUUGAAGACCGUGUUUACGGAGGGAAAUUCAACGAAACUGGCGUCUGGUGCAGCCGCGUCAUCACA